AUGGAGAAUAGGGUCAGUCAAGCCUUCACUGUGCCCUCUAAAACAGUCUUUGAUGGCCUUUCUGAAAGCAUUAAUGGUUGGGUCUGCUGGGACAAAUUUGGUCCCGCUGGUGUGAACUCGGAGUUCAUAUAUAUUUGUAAUCCUAGCACUCGCGACCUCAUAAAACUUCCUAUAGCUCCUCCAACUUGGAUUUUUAACUCUUAUCAUUUUGGCUUUGAUCCAUGUUCACAGGAAUUCAAAGUGCUUAACAUCCAAAUUCCUUUUUCUGAUUCUCUAGGAACAAACGACGAAUUAUCCUUUUGGAUUUUCACUUUAGGUGGUAAUUCAUGGCGACGAAUUCAUCCUGCCUUGCCUUCUGAUUUUGGUCAUAAUGAAGUUUGUUUAUUCGGACAACUGGGAAACUGUGUGUGCCUCAAUGGUGCAUUGCAUUGGAUUUGGACUUAUAAGACAACGAAAAGUAUACUUGUUUUUAAUCUGAGAGAUGAGAAUUUUUGUUUAAUUCGAAUCCCUAACAUCAGAAUGUCCCUGGGUGGAAAAAAUUUUGUUCUACUUCAAGUUGAUGGACAUUUGGUUGUAUUAUGUUACAAAUCUAAUUUCUUAAAUUACGAAACCAAGGAUGCAGCGGUCUUGGAUCCAGCGGUGUGGACAUUGGAAGACUACCAAGAUGAGGUUUGGAUCAAGGAUACCUUAAGCUGUCCAUAUAAAACUUGGUGGCAGAGGCAAUAUGCUACUAUACCCGCAGCAGGCAAGAUCUUGCUAAUAGGAUCUCCAUUAGCAGUUGCUGGACCAUUGCGCAAUCACCAUUUGAAAGUACUUUGUUAUGAUCCAAAGCAAAGAAGUAUUCUGGGGUUCCAACUUCCCAAGUUAUAUGAAUGGCGAGAUUUCCAUAUUGAUGGUGCCAUUAGUUAUACUGAAAGCAUUUGCCAUCCAUUUCUUUAG